AUGCAGUAUACAUCCAUGCCAUUCAGUCCCGUCAAGGAUGGUCGACGAAUCCUGGGCGAGAAAGACUCCAACGCGUGUCUGUCCCCGGUCCCGACCAAACACUCGGUCGCGGGCACACCAGUCAAACGGACACUCCCCGCAGCUUCCCCCAAGAAGCUCCUCCCCUCGCCGAUCUUUGCAGGCCAAAAACGAACGAGGGACCAGGUGGACGAGGUCGAUGUCAAUGUCAACAGCGGACACGUGCAGCGGGACUUGCUAGAAACCCGCACCUCGUCCACAACCCAAUAUGCCCGAGACUCGACGUCUCGAACACCAGACGCCACGGAGACCCGUGUCCCACCACAACACUUCCAACCCGAACGCGACCAGACCGAGGAGCAGAUCGAUCCUGAGCGUCUUUCUAAGGCGUCGGAUGAUUCAGAGAGCACGCAAACCGUUCCAGCAGACCCAAACGCGCGCAAGAUGUUCAUUCAGCAAAAAGCAACUCUCCUCCGGAGCAGACUCCAGAGUGCCAUGCGCAACGUUCCGGACCACCAAUUCGACCGCCGAGUCUCGGAGUUGGACGCACACAGCCGCAAGUGCGCGUGGCUCUCCUCCGCUCUCUCUACACCAUCGCUAGCCAAAAAGGCCUACACUCCAUCUCAAAUAAAGACUCCUCGACUGGGCUCUGCUGCUGACUUGAGCUCUACCCCGCUUCAAUCCACCCCCGAUCUCCCUGGACGGCCUUCUCCCAUGGCCACCAGCUUUGCUUCCACCAAGACUCCCGCCCAGAGAACUCCACCUCGUCCCCUUGGUUCUCCAAUGCAGCUAAGCAGUCCACCUGCAACGGUCGUCCGUCAUGGACGGGACCGUGAACCCAGUCCAAACGCAGAAGCCGAGGACGAACCCACGCAUAGAACAAUGUCGCCGUCACAGCGGGGUGAUGCGGUCGAUGGAUUACUCAAGCUUAUGAACACAGCAGAUCGACACGAUAGGCUAUAA